AUGUCAUCAGAUUUAAAACAUGAUCAAUAUAAUGAUCUUAGAACUUAUCAUACUGCUUUAAAACAAUUCCUGAACGUUUCAAAUGCUCCUUCAAAACCAAAUCCUAAAAGAGCUGCUAAAGCUAGAGAGAAAUUAUUAAAAUUAUCUUCAACUCAAUUUUAUGAAUUAAGUACUGAUGUUUAUGAUGAAUUAGAAAGAAGAAUUGAUGAAUCAAGAGAUGAACCUGAUUUCCUUUUACCAAAACCUUCAUUCCAUCCAAAAAGAAAUGAAGCUAGAGAAAAAUUAGGUUCUUUACAACAAGGUAGAUUUAGAGAUUUAGUUAGUGAUAUUUUUUAUGAAAUUGAAAGAAGAAAUUAUCAAAAAAUUCCUGAAAAAUUAAUUGAUCUUGAUGAAAAACAUGAAUAUAAUAAUAACAACAGUAAUAAUAAUAAUCAAGAUGAAUCUAAUCAAGAUAGAAGAUCUGAUCCUUCAAAUAAAAAUGGUGUUGUAGGUUUACAAUCAACAACUGUUAUUCCAACAAAAGCUGAUUUAGCUUGGAGUUCUGAUGAAGAAGAUGAUAAUGUUGGUGAAUUGAAAAAAUCUAAUGAUACAAAAAGAAAUACUAUACAUUCUAUUCAUUCAAGAAAUCAUUCAAGAAAUCAAUCAAAAGAAUUAAUUCAAGAUUUUGAAAAAAAUUCAAAUAAUUCAAAUAGAAAUAGUUAUCAAAGUAAUUUAUCAGAUUUAAAUGAUUCUUCUACACCAUCUCCACAAAAGAAAAAUAUAAAUCGUGGAUUAUCUAUAUCAAAAGGUAGAAAUAAAGAUAGAGAAAUUGAAAUGUUAUUAGAAGAAGGUACAAAAAUGGAUCAAACUAUAACUCAAUUAGAACAAAAAAUUGCCUUAUUACAAAGUAAAUCUGAUAAAUUUGAAAAUGAAUCAAAUGAUUUGAAAAAAAUUAACUCAAAUUUAAAUGUUAAAAUUGAAGAUUUAAAAAAUGAAUUAAUUUCAAAUAAAGAAAUUAUUGAUAAUCAUCAAAAAGAUAUUAAUACAAGAUCUUUACAACAAGAACAGCCUCUUCUAAAUACAUCUAAUGGCUCAUCAUCAAUCAAUCAAGAACAACUUGAUGAUUUGAAAAAAGAAGUUAUUGAUUGGAGAAGUAAAUUUGAAGAUUUAAAAUUACAAAAAAUCGAAGAUAUACUGUCAAUUAAUAAAUUAUCUGAGAUUAAUACUUCAAAACAUUUAAUUAAUAAUGGAUUAAUACCUAUAAAUCUGAUUAAUUUCUUAUAUCAAACUAUUGAAAAUUUCUUACUUUUUUUAAAUAAAGAAACAAAAUCAUCAAAUUUAAAAAUUAAUAUUAAUGAAUUAUUUAAUUAUAUUUCAAAAAUUUCAAAUGUUUCAAGUAAAAUUAUAAGUUUUGCACCACAUUCUGAAAAAAUUGAUUUAGUACGAGCUUCAAUUUCUCAUGCUAUUACAUCAACAAGAUAUUAUGCUUUAUAUUCUGAAUUUUUACCAAAAUUAAUUGUGGAAAGUGCAGUUAGUGAAAUUGUUUUCACAAUUUGUGAUUUAAUUUCUGAUGUUAAAUUAAUUAAAGAUGAUUCAAAAUUUGAUACUUCAGAAUUUAAUCAAUCAAUUGAAAAUUCAAAUUCAAAUACUAAAUCUAAAAAAAUUGAAGAUGAAGAUCCAUCAGAAAUUUCACCUGUUAGACCUUUAAGAAUGGCUAAAAAAUCAUUUGAAAAUAAUAGUAAUAAUAAUACUCCAAGUAAUAUUAAUAAAACUAUUAAUUCUUCAACAAAUACAAAUACCCCAAGAUCUUUAAAUCUUACAAUUAAUCCUCAAAAUGCAAAUAAUGAAUAUAAAAAAUUACAUCCAGAAGAAUUUUCAAAUAAAAAUACUAUUACACCUUCACCUAAUCAAUUGAAAUCAAAUUUUAAUAAAUCAGAUGGUUUUAAUGAUUCAUUUGCUUCUCCAUCAACAACAAGAAGUUUGAAAUUGAAUAGUAAUAGUAAUAAUAAUAAUACCUCAAGUAUUAAUGGCUCUGAUAAUAAGGAAAUCAGUGGUAAUAUUCCACCUUCUUCUUCAUCAUCAACUACAACACCAUUGAGAAAAAGUGGAUUACCUUCAUUAGUAUCAAGAUAUAGUCCAGAAAGUGAACGUAAACCUCAAGAAGGUACAACACCACCAAAACCACAUCUGAGAAAAUCAUCUUCGAGUAACAUUUUAUCAAAAGUUAGACAAUUUGAACAACAAGGUAAUAGUGAUUCAGAAUCUUCUAAAACUUCACCUCAAAGAUCAAUUGUUAGUCCUUUUAAUGAUUCCAAAAUUGGUAAAUUAAGUCCAAGAAGAACAAGUUUUGAUAGUCAAAAAAGAAUUAGUGUUGAUAGUCAAAAUAGUUCAAAGCAAAAUAAUGUUUCAAUUCCAGAAUCAUUAGAAAAGAAAGAUUUAUUACCAAAUGAUAAAUUAGAUGUUGAUACCAAAAAAUCAAAUGAGCCUGUUACAAAUGAUUUAUUAAAAUCUAUUGAUCUACAAACCAAGGAGGAAUCUAAUUCUAAACCAAAUACAAAUAAUUCAGUUUUAAACACAGUUAAAUCAUCAAUUCCUGCUGUUAUUCCAGCUGCUCUUGCAUCUGUUGUUCCAGCAAGUUUAUCAUCAAAUAAAUCACCAAAAAAAGAUGAAAAAGAUCAAAAAACUCAAACAUCAAGUCUUGAUGAUGGAAAUGGAAAUGGAAAUGGUGUAAAUGAAGAGAAAUUUGAACAAGAAGUUGAUCAACAAAAUGAUCAUAAGAAUGGAAAUAAUGAUGUUGUUGAUGAUGAUGAUAUUUAUGAAGAUAGUGAUGAUUUAAAUUCCGUUGCACAACUUAGAGGUGCUAUUGCAAAAGAUAAACAAUUUUCACCACAAAAGGAAAAAAAGAGUUUGAACCCAGAAUUGAAUUUUAAAAUAUUAGAUUCCAAUACUAUUCCUCAAUUAAAUAAUUUAAAAAUUUCUGAUGAUAAUAAACAAGAUGAAGAAGAAGAAUUAGAAGAUGAUCUGAAUGAGGUUCCAAAUGAAGUUUCAAAUACAUAUGAAGAAGUUAAUGAAGGUCCAUUAAAUAUUUCUAAAACAAGACAACCACAAUCUUUAACAAACACUUAUCAAAAAUUUAGUGUUAAAGAAGCUAAUGUUGAUCCUUAUACAGCUGGUAGUCAACCAAAAUCAUCAACAAAUGAAAGUGAUUAUAAUAAAUCUUCAGCUAUUUCUAAAUCAUUAAAUCUUGAAAAUGAUAAAAGUGGAUUUGCAACUGCUCAAACUCAACCAGAUGAUUUAAAUUCUAAUUUAAUUGAACAAAAUGGAAAAAAUGUUAUAAAACCAGUUGAAAUUACAAAAGGUGAUAGAUUAAAAGGUGAUGAUGAAGAUCAUGAAGAAAAACAAGAUGACAAAGAUGCAGAAGAAGAAAGUUAUGAUAAAGAAGAAGAAGAAGAAGAAGACGAAGAAGAAGAAGAAGAAGAACAUGGAAAUGUUAGAAGAGGUCGUGAUUUAGAUGAAGAUUUUGAUGUUAGAGAUUUUGAUAUUGAAGAUCCAGAUAAUACAUUAUCAGAAUUGUUAUUAUAUCUUGAACAUCAAACAGUCAAAGUCAUAUCAACUAUUCAAACAUUAUUAACUUCUAUUAAAGCUGCUGAUUCUACUAAAGGUGAAUUAAGAUCAGGAUCUAGAGCUAUUAAUGCAGUUGUUUCACAAAUGAUUGAUGCUACAAGUAAUUCUAUGAAUCAAAGUCGUAAUGCAUCAUUAAAAGAACAUGGUAUUUGGGUUGUUCAAAGUUUAGAAGAUUCUGGUAGAAGAAUGGAUAUACUGUGUAAUUCAUCAAGUAAAGAUGGAGAAGAAAGUGAAGAUGAUAAUGAAGAAUAUGCAGAAAAACAUUUUAAACAAAGAUUAGCAGGUAUAGCGUUUGAUGUUGCUAAAUGUACUAAAGAAUUAGUUAAGACUGUGGAAGAGGCGAAUUUGAGGGAAGAGAUUGAGCAUCUGGAUGCUAAAAUGAAUAGAUGA